AUGCCUUGGGGUUUGCCGCCCCCACCUAAUCCGUUCGCUGCACAACCCCCCGUCGCGCCUCCGAAUUGGCACGCGGCAUUCCCGCAACUGUUUUCGCUGCUGCAGCAAGCGCCGUGGCUGUUCGCCCCAGGGUGGGGGGCAGUCGUCCCUACUUUGCAGCCGCAGCCCAUACAACUAUCGGCGACAAGCACUGGCCCGCCAGGCAGCGAGCUAGUAAGCACGGCCACAGACCCUGUUGCCACCUCGACCGCCGCGACGAGCCCAACGCUUGCGCCCGGAGGCAGCAGCGUAGACCCACCCACUGCGCCCCGGGCCAUGCGCAGCGCGAGGCCUGGCACGCUCAGCUCGCGCCCAUUGCUGCACAGCCGGAUUGCAGGCGCGCCGCCUGCUCACACGCUGGAGGACCGCCUGACGGAUCUGACGCCUUCGCGCGCGGCCUCACUUCCGCCAGCGAAGCGCCCCGCUUCGUCCCUGCUGGACCGAUUGGCCUCGGGCACGCCCAAACGCGCGAGGCCCUCGCCACCCUCCCCGCCACACGAGCCCACUUCCCCAACCCACCCACCCACCUCAGCCGUGGACACCCCGGGUGACGACAACGAUGCGGCGAGCCGCAAGCGCGGCAGGCGGGGAGGCGGCGCCGGGAACAGGCGGCGCAGGAGGCGCAAGGCAUGCAGGCUCACGCAGCAAGCGCAGGAGGGCGCGAGCACAGCUCGCAAGGACAACGACGAUGAGGAUGACUAUGGCGACGCCGACUCUUUCGUACACCGACCGGACACCCCGGACUCGGGUGCCGCGAUGUGA